AGCCCAUCAGCUCCACCCACUAAAAGCAAAAAACGUUCAUUCCACCUGAUCUGCCUUUGAUCAAGCGGAGACGAGCAGAAUUGUGAAGAAAAACCGAUUUGAUUGAAUGGCAAAGAAAGCAGUGUUGAUAGGAUGCAACUAUCCAGGCACCAAGGCAGAGCUGAAAGGUUGCAUAAACGAUGUCAGAAGAAUGUACAAAUGCCUGACAGAGCGCUACGGGUUCUCAGAAGAAGACAUAAACGUAUUGAUAGACACGGAUGAGUCCUUCACUCAGCCAACGGGGAAGAACAUCAGAAGGGCUUUGAGUGAUCUUGUGAGGUCGGCUGAGCCUGGGGACUUUCUCUUUGUGCACUACAGUGGGCACGGGACUAGGCUUCCUGCCGAGACUGGGGAGGAUGAUGACACUGGCUAUGAUGAAUGCAUUGUCCCUUGCGAUAUGAAUCUCAUCACAGAUGACGAUUUCAGAGAGUUUGUGGAUCAAGUCCCAGAAGGUUCCCGCAUAACAAUUGUAUCCGAUUCGUGCCAUAGUGGUGGGUUGAUUGAUGAGGCCAAAGAGCAGAUCGGCGAAAGCACCAAGCGCCAAGAAUCAAGUUCUGGUUUAGGGUUCAAGAGCUUCUUGCACCAAACCGUGCAAGAUGCGUUCGAGUCUCGUGGAAUUCAUGUCCCUUCUGGAUUGCGCCACCACCACCAGCGUAGGGAUGAGGAAGAGGUCGAUGACAGAGGAGUGGGCGACGACUAUGCUGAGCGUGGUUAUGUGAAAAGCAGAUCUCUGCCUCUCUCAACUCUGAUUGAAAUGCUCAAGCAGAAAACUGGUAAAGAUGACAUUGACGUUGGGAAGCUGAGGCCAACCCUUUUCGAUGUCUUUGGGGAAGAUGCAAGCCCCAAAGUGAAGAAGUUUAUGAAAAUUAUCAUGAACAAGCUGCAGCAGGGUAAUGGUGAAGGUGGUGGUGGGUUCUUGGGAAUGGUUGGAAACCUGGCACAAGAGUUUCUUAAACAGAAGCUGGAUGGUGAUGAAGGAUAUGGACAACCUGCCCUGGAGACCCAAGUGGGCAGCAAGCAAGAGGUUUAUGCUGGAGCAACUAAGCGCACUCUUCCUGACGGUGGAAUUCUGAUCAGCGGCUGCCAGACCAACCAAACUUCUGCUGAUGCCAGCCCAUCAGGGAAUUCCAGCGAAGCUUAUGGGGCUCUUAGCAACGCCAUCCAGACCAUAAUUGCCGAGUCAGAUGGCACGGUUUCCAAUCAGGAGCUUGUUCUAAAGGCAAGGGAGACGCUGAAGAGACAGGGUUUCACUCAGCGUCCGGGUCUUUAUUGCAGUGAUCACCAUGUUGAUGCUCCAUUUGUUUGCUAAUCUUGAAUAGGUUUCGAUACCUGCUACAAACCUAAAUAAGUCGAUGGGUGCUUGAAAAGGUGUGUUUGAUGAGAUUGUACUGCUUUUGGGGUUUUGAGGACAAAUAUGGUUUUGAACAAAAAUGAUUUUCUAUUGCAGUUACAACUUGAAUGAACAUUUUGUUACAUGUUA